AUGGCGAGCAUCAGCGCUGAUGGCACCGCGGAGGGCUUGGGCUGCAGGACAGGUGACCGCUGCAUCUUUCACAACGUCAUGUACGACAUUCAAGAGUUCAGGCCGGACAAGGAUUUGGACGGGAGGUUGGACUUUCAGAUUGCGUUUGGCGGUAACACCGAAGAGAGAAAGGACGCUCCAGCAGGCUGGAAGGUUGUCUUCAAUAACCUGAAGCUGACAGGUCCUCAGCGGUACGAGGGUACUAUUUACACAUCCUGGUGGGGCGAACGGCCUGUGAAAUUAAUCAACUACGGUGUAUUGACAGCGAAGGAACUGCAGCAAUACCCAGAUUUGCAAACACAGCAGUAUUUCACAUCGCUGCCACGCUGA